AUGUCGUUGGUCAUCACCGAUUCGAGGGAAGAUCCCGUAGGAAAUCCUGAGUAUAGUGCCAGCCUUGGUUUCUUGCUAAACCACCUCGUUUUACGGUAUUUGGCUCACUACUUCGCCAUUUGUUUGCUCAAAUCACGCAUUGACGAUCAUGCUCUAAACUACUUAUCAGUUGAUAUACCAACGGUUGUGAUCGAAUAUACUGCGGAUGACAAUUUCGACCAGCAUCUUCUGAACGGCGUAGAUUCAGGAUGCCAGGCUUUCAUCGCUACCGAACAAACCGCGGGUGCAUUUUUCGAUUCGUUUCUGCCGGUGCAUGAUGGUGCUGUGCAGCGGUCGAUGGAGAAGCGGUUAAUUAUUCUACUGCAACCAAACUCGUCCGUGUUCCGUACCAUUUCCGAAACGCUCGUUAUUGAGGAAAUUCCAGAUAUUUUAUUGUUUCUCCCAUCCCUUACAAGUGAUCCGAAGAAACUGUAUGUCGAGCUACACACUCUAGACAUUUACGAUGGUGCUCCGGUAACCAUAGUACCGCGGUUAAUAGAGACGAUAGCAUUGGCAGGGGUUGGCGUCGAAAAUCCCACAGAACCUAACGCUGAUCCCACAGUCGACCAUUUUCCCGAUAAAUUCGCAAACAUGAAUGGUAGACGGUUAAGGCUCGGCACGGUACCUUAUUUACCGAACGUUCACGUUGUUGAUGUGCCUCUUGGAGAGGGAAAUGGACGCUAUAUUCUACCAUCGAAGCCAAAUGUGUCUGCCCAGAUCGAUGGUACUGAACUGUGGCUAGUCGUGUUAUUCUGCGAGAUUGCGAACUGUACCACGGAGAUAAUGAUGGCAUCGGAAUGGGGAACGGUAUACGACAAUGGCACCAAGGUCGGACUGAUUGGUGCACCGGCGGAACAUCAGGUUGAUAUCGCCUUCGGGGGCCUCUACACCUGGUACAGUAGCUUCCAGUAUCUGGCGUUCAGUGCCGUCCACUCGAGAUCCGGCUGUACCUGCAUUGUGGCGAAGCCUCAUGUAAUAGCCAACUGGCGAACGCCAUUUCUCUCCUUCAGCGGUCCGCUUUGGAGUGCCGUUGCGCUAGCUUUUCUUACCGGGGCCGUGACCGUGCUCAUCGUGGCACGCAUCCGCCAACAGAUCCUCAACUUAUCCAACGUGCUACGGUACACCUUAAGCGAUGCGGUGUUGGUGAUGAUCGGAUUCUUCAUGGAACAGUCGGUACCGAUGCCGAACGAGCUGACUGCAUCGUGUCUCCUCUUUGGAACGCUCAUGUUUGCCGGUUUCAUGAUCGGAAGUAGCUACAACGGUGGACUGGCCAGCACAAUGAUCGUACCGCAGUAUGAACCGUGCGUUAAUAAUGUGCACGAGCUGGCAGAAGCGCGCAUGCCGUGGAUCGGUGUUACCGUUUCCUGGAUCUACUCGAUCCUGCGCGCUUACCAGCCCGAUAUGCUAACACUGCUGAAAACGUUCCGCGAGUGGGAUGAAGAAACGAUCGCACGGCAUGCCAGCGAUCGGGAUGUGGCCAUCAUUGUCGAGCGAAUGGAGUAUGGUCACUUUGCCUACCCACCGAUGAGCAUCGAAUCGAUGAAGGGCCGCCAGAUGCUGACGGAUGAUGUGUACUGGGAGUCGGUGAUCGGUAUGUGUACGAAGACAUGGCCGGCACGGGCCCGUUUCGACCGGAUGGUGAUGGAUUUAAAAGCGUUCGGCAUACUGGCCCACUGGGAGUUUAUCGGCGUGAUCCGGUUUCUCAGCCUCGAGUCGCAGCAAAUCAUUCGCUAUUCACGAGACAGUGGCGGCGACGAGUGCACACCGUUGCGGAUCUCGAACAUAAGCGGAGCGCUGCUUAUCUUUACUGUCGGGCUCUCCUCAUCAAGUGCUGUGUUUCUGGGAGAGCUGUUGUGGUUCCGAUAUGGUAGGCGGUUGGAGCAGUUCUGGUCUCAAUUUACAUUGAAACCAUGCUUCGAAUUCUGGGAUUAGCGGUAGAAGUUUUACGUUUUGCUGGAAGUCUCGGGCAACAAGUGCUACCAAAAAGGGAAUUCAAACUUCUCAAUCACAAAAAUAAUUAAUGACUCGUUAAUUAGAGUGAAAUUUAUGGACAAAUAAUUUCUAUUCCAAACAUUUAGUUUAUUUAGCUAAUUUCCAACAAGCAUUGCCUAUUUAUACAUUCAUAGAAAAGCAAAAUUACAAUGAUUCUUCUGGGGAUGUACCAUUAAGCCCGAACCACUAUU